CUUCAAUGUUGUUUGCGAGGGACAGAGAAUAUCAAUAAGUAAAAGGUUUUUGAAUGGGUUACAACAGAAAUUGGGAGACGGAUGGUAGAUAGUUAGCCAGACUCGGGAAAGGCAGCAUUCUGGCUUGAACUUUUCAAUGAAUCUGCUUUAGAUUAAUGCUUUACUUGGAAAUUGUGUUAUAGUAACAGCCAUUGUAGUAACAGCCAUUCAAGAGGAUAUCACUUUAUACAAGGUAGAAUUGACAUUUGGAAACAGCUGCAAAAUGGGAUGAAUGAUCUGUUCAACUGACAGUGAAGUUAGGAAAAAUAGCAAAUGUAUAGAUAGUGUGAAAUAUUUAUAAGUUUCAUAUAGCCAUAUGAUUUUGUAGAAGUUUUUAGUUAUUAUCUGUUUGAAGAGGCAUAUACUAGAUGAUGGACUUCUUCUGGAUGAGUGACACAAUUGGUGUCAAGCUUCAGUAGUCUACUCCUGUAAAUAAAGUAAAAUGGAUGAUUUUCACUCCUCAUGAUGUUGACCAAAAAGGUUAUAACAUUUGUCGCUCAUGGUUUAAACAGAAAUGCGGUAAUGUUGGCAUUUUAGCUGGGGACUAGAACUGUGUACAUAAACAUAUAAGAAAAGUGUGUUUCUUAAACUGACUAGCACAGGGCAGGGCGACAGUUUGGAAUUUACACAAUUAGCUUGAAAUAAAAAUGGCAGAAGAUUAUCAUUUGGAAAAAUUUCCUCCAAUUCGUCCAAAACCAGAAACCAUCUCAUCGGUUCAGAUAGUAGCAAGUUUACCUGGUUCGUCUUUGGUCACUUCAGCUUCAUUAUGCGUAGCACCAACAACGGUCACUAGCAACACCAUGUCUGUGGCAUCCAGUGUAUCCAGUGUUGUUACGGUCACUAGGGGUUCAGCAGCAUUACCUUUAUCCAUGGUGCAAUCGCAAGUUCCGAUCAUGGUGGUUAAUCCAAUGCAGCAUAAGAAAUCAAACGCUGUACCAAUCACUAUGACAACACAAUAUGUACAGGCAUGUUCCUCAUUGAAUACAACAACAACCAGUAUAACAAGUACAAACACAAACGCACCAGAAAAUACUCCUGUACAAGACAUUUCUCAGAAUGCUAGUCUGGUGUUAGGAAAUCCAUUUCCUGUGCAUUCAUCAUCUACAAAUGUGAUGCCUGUAAGCCUCUUACCAAACCAAGUUUUUCAAACAAACCAGUUUCCAAGUAAUAUGGUAAUAGCUCCAUUUGUGCAGAAUGGUGUUUUACAAGGAAAUAUAAUUCAAGGAAACUUUGCUCAGCAGAGUUUAGGAGUACCUGGUGGUAUACUGCAGAUUAGUCCUCACCAGUUUGGUUUUCAGAAUUCACCACAGUAUUCGUUAACAUUACCAACCCAAAAUCCUCAGGUUCCAAUAUCCAACACCAGUAACAGUUCAGGAAAAUUGGGAAACGAAACACCAACAUUUAGUGAAAAAUCUGUUCGAGAGAAAUCAGUGCCAAAAACAGCAACCUCAUCUCCACCUUUCCAAUUUGUUAUUGAACCUGAUCCUGAGUUUAAUGAGAAAGUGAAGUGUGCAAGAAUAGAGAAAAAGGGUCACAUUGAAGACAAAAACGUCCCAUCUACUAGUGACACUACUGUGAAAAGUAAAUCAGAAGCCAGAAAGUCGAGUACUGAGAGUGGCGAGCAGGAGGAGAUUACAGAAAUAGAAUUUCUUCCUAAAAUUGAGUACUGCUACAGCAUGAAAAAGCUCAGCCUUAGACAAAUGAUGGAGUUACUGGAUAAAGGUCAAAAUGUAAUGUUGUUUGUUAAACCAGGAAGUAAAGAUUACUAUCGUGCAAAAGUAUUGUGUGAAGCAGUAGUGAAAUAUAAUGUUACUGGCAUAAAUACAAAUAUAAAAGAUGACUUCUACACAAGUCUUAUUUCACCAUAUAUCUCACUGACCGAAGCAAUGCUUCUGAAAAAGGAUAUAAAGACUUCUCUUAAUACAAUUGAGGAGGAUUUAAAAACAAACACUGCAGAAAGCUCAUGUGAAACCGAAGAAGUUGGUCAGAAGAUGCAACUAAAAAAUCCUACCGAACAAAAUUCAGAAACUGGCAAUGAAGCUGCAUUAAGCAUUUUGAAAUGGAAAACUGAGAAACUGGAGUCUAUCAAUCCUAAAAUGUAUCAAAAGUACUGUGUUACAAACAAGGAUGAAAGUCCAAGUCUAGUUUCCCCAGAAACCGACGGGAACAAAACGAGUGAAGAUGUAGAGUUCAUAAGAGAAGAACAAGCUAAUAAAACAAAAUCUGUUGCCAUUAAGAGUAAGACAAAAGUUGAUGAUACUGUUGAUAAAUUAACUAAACUUGAAGAAAAAGAGAAGAAAUUAGAAUAUGUUAAAGAAGCUUUAAAAUCUCACCCAGAGAUAUUGAAAGAAACUUUGAGCAAGCAGGCUGUUGUUUUUCCUGAAAAUUUGGAUGAGUUGUUUAACAAGGUGAUAAACAAGGUACAUACCAGUAUGGAAAAGAAAAUUGAGGCAGGUAAAGCAGAUAUGAUCAACAAAAAAUCUUAUGAACGCAUUGAAAGUGAAGCUGAGAUUGGGACUAGUGAACGAAAGCAAAUAGAUGUGGAAAUUGCAGCCAUUCCAAAUAGGAAUAGGAAAGGAACUUGUGAAGCUCAGCAGAGAGAAAGUGAAGCUGAAUCAAUAAGGAGAGAAUACAAUACUAAAGUAGCUAAACAGAAUGAAAGUGAAACCAGAUUAUUAAGGGAAGACUACAGGAGGAAAGUAGCCAAACAAAGUGGAAGUGAAGCUGAAUUAUUAAGAAAAGAAUACAGAAAGAAAACAGUUGAACAAAGAGCAAGUGAAGCUGAAUUAAUUAGAAAUAUGUAUACAGCUCAAAACAACAACCCCAAACAAAGUAAAGACUUGGUAUUGAAAAAUUUAGUGAAAAUAGCACCAAAACCCACAGAACCAGUGAAUGAGGCCGAGUUAAUCAGAAAAGCUUUUACACUUUCUAAAUUUAAUAUUACUGAAAAUGACAUUUCAUGCUCCAGUCCGAAAGACCAAGACAAAACUGUUAUAAACAUUGGAGCUGAUGAAGAUGUUAUUGAAAUUCUUGAUGAUGCAGUGGAAACAGAUGAGCAGACUUUAGAAAUUCGACUGCCUGAUCGGUUUCACCUGAGUAAAUGGAGAUGGACCACUUUAGCUGGUACUCAAAAAUUUUCAGUUGAAGAGUCGGAUGAGAUUCUCAAAAUUUGCUACCUGUGUGGAUUAGAAUUUCUAGAUGCCUCAACUACAUGGAAGCAUAUUUUAAAUGAGCAUGCAAAAAUCAGUGCAGGUACAUUAUUUCCUACUAGUUUCUUUUGUUCUCACUGCUAUAAAACGAAUACUAGCAUGAAGAUUAGCAGACAACAUGAACUUGAUAUCCAUCUCUGUGACUUUCCGUGCUACUUCUGUGGACUGUCCAUUGACGAUCGAUGGGAUAUGCUGAGUCAUAUUGCAUGUGUACACAGUCUUCUCUACACAUGCACAUGCUGUCAAGGCCAAUUUCUAGGGAAAUCAGAAUUCCAGAAACACUGUAGCACUGAAAAGCAUAUGCAGGCAACAAUAACUGAUGAAAGUCAAAUACAUUUUGUAGUAAAUUUCAUGUGUCUAUUUUGUAAUGUAAAAUUCUGCACGAAACAAAAUCUGAUCAGUCAUUUAAAUAGUUUACAUAUAGACACACCCAUCCCGAAUUCAGGUGAAAGUGUUUGCUCGUCUUGUAGACAUUCCUUUCUAGAUGCCCAGGCUUUGUUUUUCCACAGAAAUCCAGAUGCUAGAAAGCCUGAGAAACUGAGACAAUUGAGUAGCUCCAGUCUCAAUGCCUUAGCAGUACAAGGGACUAUGCAUAAAGAAAAGGCAGAGGCUUAUAGAGAUAAAAAGAAAAGAAUGAAAUGUUUUCAAAAGGGUGCACAUAACACAAAUAGUAAUCGAUUUUCAAAAGUUGAGGAGUGCAUGAGAACAAACAUGGAUGUUGAUGAAUUUGGCUACAGGGAAAUAAAAAUUGGAUCAAAACAGUACAAAUAUCCUCUUGAAGAACUCCUAGAGUAUUGUGAGUUUGGCAAGAACUUUCCUAAAGAGUUUUCUACAGUUGUAAUGGACGAUCUGAUAAAACUCCUGAUAAAAGUAUUUCCUACUUUGCAAGUAAAUAGGGCAACAUUGGACCUACAGGACUUACUAGUGGCAUUAAGUCGAUCUCAAAAGUUUACUGAAAUUCUGCAGAAGUACCACUUAAAACCUUUACCUUGGAAUGGAAAAAUUCAAGCAUGUGUUAAGAUGUUUAUUAAUAAAGUCAGGGCGGGUUGUUACAGGUAUCCUGAUGUUGUUCCCAUGAAUGCAUUAUUGGUUUCCUUACAAAAAAGUCUGAAUUACCUCGAUCACAGACGAGAUUCAGUUGUACAAAAGCUGCGCGCUAAAAUACUUGGGACUGCAGGAAGCUCCAAACCUCAAAUUGUUCAAGGUGGUCAGAGUAUAAGAAAUGUUACUACUGCUGUGAAUCCAGUUGAUACCUUUGUUCAAAGUACAAUCAGCUUUCUCUCUACUGUGAAUUCAAAUGUACAAACUGUUCCAAAAACAACUGACAGUUUUCAUGCUGUGAGUUCAAAUGUACAAGUUGUUCCUAUAACAAUAAGCGAUCUCCCAACUACGAAUCCAAAUGUACAAGUUGAUCCAAAAUCACUCAGUAAUGUCCCUGAUCCAAAAGCAGUCCCCAGUCUCCCUGCUGUUAUUCCUAGUAUAAAAGCAGGUCAGAGUUCUGUCAGCAAUCUUCCUUCUGUAGAUCCAAAUGCAGAAGAUGGCACAAGUGCAAUCGGCAAUCUUCCAUCUAUAGAUCCAGAUGCACAAGUUGUACACAAUAUGAAAUUCAAAUCCAUAUGGCAGGAAUUUGAUGCACAGGAGUCUGUUAAGGAUCCCAAAAGCACAUCUUCAAAGAAAACAAAAAGGUCCGAGCCAGUUCCAAUUGCUCCAAAGGGAUGUUUCAGUUUUGUACUGAUCCAAAAGAAGGAAGAGGUUAAAGAUAAUAAUAGAUCAGCAAGAGCUUUAAGAGCAGUUAAGCUCAAGAUUAAAAAGAAGGUAGAAUUAAUGAAUCAAAUGAAGAAGCAGUCCAAUGUUGAAAUUGCUGGCAAAUGUAAACAACAAGCAAUUAAAACUGUGAGAGAAAUAAUUGCUAAAAAGAGGGGUGAGGCAUUUUGUGACGAAAAAGAAGCACUUACAGAAUUACACCCCAAGAAGACACCAGAGGCUCAGAGUGAAAAGAUAGAAAUUACAAGGAAAAGGUCAAGAAAAAAUGUUAAGCAUGAAAAUGCUUUCAAUAAAAACUUAAGGAAAAGAACAGCUUCUGUGAAGUACACAUUUGAAGAUAUUUUGGAUGAGUCCGAUGAAGAAACCACACCAUUCCCAUCUGACAAUUCUGAUACUGAAGAUGAGUGGAAGCCUUCAAAAGUUGAAUCUGAAGAGGAGUCUUCCGAGAGUGAAUCCGAUGGUAAUGAUAACUGUGCUGAUGAAGACCUUGACAGUCAGUCUGAUGAUGAAUUUGAAAAUGAGUCUGUGACUGAUAAAAUAAAAUUUACUGAAAAUGAGAAUGAAAAGACAUGUUUUAGAAAAGUAGAUAAAAGCUUAUAUAUUAGUAACACAAAUUCAGGCAGCCAGAAAAGCAGUCCAGUAAUAGUCUUAGACAAAAACAACCUCAGUCAGAAAAGUGAUAAUCCUGGUGUGUCUUUAAGUAAAACAGAAAAUUCUGACAAGUCCGUGGUCUCUAGGAAGCUUUCCGAAGAUACUGAAGAAAAUCUUGUAAAUGUAGAUAUGAAUACUGGUUCCAAAGAACAGCUUAAGGUAUCAGAUCCACCUAACAUUACACAAAAUUUACAGAAACGAAAUGCCUCUGAUCUAGUUAAAGAGUUUGUUCCAGCAAAAGUUGUGAGAAUAGCACAUUCUGCAGAUAGUCUGCCUAGUUGUUUAAGAAGAAUGCCAUGGUUGAAUAAACAUGUGAAAUGCUCUGUCGUGAAAAUUGAAAGAAGUCACAAAGCAGAUUGUCUUGGUUUGGAAUUAAUUGCUGCAAGGGAAGAUUACACAAAUAGAAAACUUACUAGAACUUUCGUGAAGCAGAUAUGCCAGGAAGAAUCUAUUGAAAUUAAACAUGUAGUCCAUGACAGUGAUAAAGAUUUAUUUAGCAAUAAAGAGGAAAUGAUUGUAAAAAAUGCUGAAAAUACUUUUGGCAAUGUGAAUGCUGCAUUACCACCAAAAAGAGGAAGAGGAAGACCAAAGAAGAAUACUCAUAAAGAUCAGUUAGAAAGCAUCGGAGAGGAAAAGGGAGAUUCUUUACCUAAGAAAAGAGGAAGACCUAAGAAAAAUGUAGAUGAGACGAAAACAAAUUUUCAUAGUGGUAUUGCUUUAAAUGACAGUGACACAGGUGAGGAGAUACCACCAAGAAAAAGAGGAAGACCUAGAAAAAAUAUAGGUGAUAGUGUGACAGAUUCUGAUUGUUCGAAUAUUCUUGAUGAUGUUGAUACUGUUGAAGAUAUAAGUGUUAAUAAUAUUCCUGCACUUGAAAAUCAUUUACAAGGGGAAAUAGGACAGCAAAGAACAAAUGAAAAAGUAAUGAGAGAAAGGCAGCCUGUGGCUGACAUAUACCAAAAAGAGGAGUGUAGUAAAUCCCAGCUGAAUGAAAAGAAAAUCUGUGUUGGAGACUUUGUUAUGAAAGAAGAUACCCUUAAUGAAACAACAAAGAAAGAAGAUACUUCAGAUAAAGCAGUUAAUGGUUCCAUAAAUAGUAACAAUAUCUCUACCUUUAUUGUAAGUGAUCAUAGUGAAUCCAAAGUAGAAAAUAUAACACAGAGAAAACGAGGAAGGCCAAAAAAGGAUGAAAUAUUGAUGAAACAGAGACAUAAAGUAGAAUGUAGUUAUUCACAGUUCAGAACUAAGGAACAUGAAAACAAUGGAGAUCCAGCAGAAAUUAAGAAUGGUAUGCAGGAGUUGAGAAAUAGUCCCACUUAUGAGAAAAUAGAUGAAGUUAAUGUAGAUACUAGUAAUUCAGAAUUAGUUGAAAGAAAAAUGCUUAGACCAAGAAAGAAUUGUAACUACAUUGAACAUGACUCCUCAAAUGAUAGUAGCAGUGAAGGUGAAGACAGCUCAGAUCCUUUGAAUUUUUGUGGUUUAGUAGACUCGAAUGUUACACCGAAACCAGAUCUCAUAAAUGUUACAAAUAGCAAAGACAUUUAUCUACCUGUAGAAUGUAAUGACAACUCUGGUGAAAUCAACAAAGCAGACUUUGUUUCUACAGAAACUAAGAGAAUGCUGAGCAAAAUGUUUAUGGAAUCUGGAAGCAGAGUGAAAGAAGAGAAAGUAGAUGAAGAGCAUCUUUACUCAGAAAUCCAGGAAAAAGCAGGAGAUGAUGGAGUAGAUAUAAGUGCUGACAAAACUGAUAGAGAAAAUGAAAUACCGAUGGAAGUGAUCAAACCAUCAGUCAGAAUCAAAGAAGAGAAGGAGGACCCAGAGUAUUCUAAAGCUGAAGCUUGUGUAAAUCAGACUGGACAUAUUUCUGAGGGAAACAGUAUUUCAGAAGUCGUUAAUUCUGCAAGUCAGUUGUUACAGACACCAAAUCAGUCAAAUCAGAUAUUGCGUCAGUUAGCUGAUUUGGCAAAGAAAAAUCAGAAUGUAGACACUGCAUCUGCCUCUGAUCGGCUACCUACAUUAAUCCAUAUGUGGUCCCAGUUAUCAACAGGCUUUCAACAGUCUGAAGCAUUAGCUACCUCAGCCACAUCAAGCUCUGUAACUUCUACAUCAGCAUCAACAGCAACACAGCUAAUGAAUCCGAUUCCUGCAACUUUUGGCACUGAAAAGAAAGCAAAGAACACAGGUAUAUCAAAUCCUGUUUCAGUUAAAGGAAGUAUUAAGAAAGAGGUAACCCCACCCCCUUCAAAGCAGCAACAAAAUGCACAAGUUAUUAGACAUCCAGUUUAUUUUUAUCCAGGAUCAAAUUCUGCUACACCAUGUACCAGUCAAGGUCUUCAGUUGCCAGUAAGCCAGCAGAAUUCUUCGUCAUCAUGUCUUACACUAGUUCCUGUCAGUGGUACAAAUAAAUUCAUUCUAGUGAAUGUACCAACACAGCAGUCAUGUGGUAUAAUUCCAAAUAGUCAGGCACAACAAACACAAGUAAGAAACCAGACCCAACAGAUGCAACAGACACAGAUGAUGCAGCAACCUCAGAUGAUACAACGAACACAGGUGAUACAACAAACACAAAUGAUACCACAACCACAAAUGAUACAACAAACACAGAUGAUACAACCACACAUGAUACAACAACCACAAAUGGUACAACAAACACAUAUGAUGCAACCACAAAUGAUACAACAGCCACAAAUGGUACAACAAACACAAAUGAUACAACAGCCACAAAUGAUGCAACAACCACAAAUGAUUCAACAUAUACCACAGUUUGGACAGUUACAACUAACAAACACCCCGACCACAAAAGGUGGGCAGGAGCAAAUUUCUAGAGCACUACAAAGUAACCAGCAACAAACAAUGGUCUCUAAUGCCAAAAGUGACCCACAAGGAGGAAAAUCGCAAUCAGAUCAGAUUGAAAAUGUGACAAUAAAGAAAGAAGUAAACACAGAUGAACAGUCCACUUCAGAGGUUCAGAGUUCAGGUGAUCUUAACCAAAUUAAAGUCUCUGGCACACAGGCUGGUGUUCCUGUACAACAAAAUCUAACUCAGAAUUCCGUGAUACAACAGGGUCCAGUGCCACUGAUGCAACCUAUGGGUCAGAUGCAAGGAUUGCUAUCCAAUCAGUUACAAGUUGUGCAGCCAGGCCAGGUUCAGUUCCCUGGAAUUCAAACUGUGCCUGGAUUACUCCCAAAUCAAUUUCAAGGUGCAAACCAGUCUAGCCAAAUAAUCCAGGGACUCCAGUUCUGUCAAACAGGGGUUCAGCAGUUGGGGCAGCUGCCGGUUGGAAAUGUUGAUCAGAAUCAGACGCAGCAAACAGUUCCAGUGAUUGGUUCUCAAGGUUCAACCCAGACUUUGAUGGUAAAUCAGCAGACUCCGUUAGCUCCUGGCCAGUUGAUAUAUGUUCCAAGUUCUUCACAGACCGGGGCCAGUAGUGGUCAGACUGGACAAUUUGUGAACGUAGGGCAAGCAGUUAAUACAUCAUCACACACGGGGCAGUCUGGAAAUAAUUCGGAACGAACAGGAGUUAAUAUUGCCCCAAAUGUUCUUAAUGCAGAACAAGCCAGCAUGGUGCUUCAAACUAGACAUAUUCUGAAUGCAACAGGAAACAAUUCAGUACAGACUGGGUCGGUACAGAUAGGCAGUAAUGUGGUUCAGGGUUUGCAGGUUGUGAAUCCAGUGCAAGGUAUAAGUAAUAUGGUACAGACUUUACAGGGACAAGUUAUGGUUCAGGCAGGACAAGCUGUCGGAUCAACACCACAAAAUCAGAUUAACAAAGAAACUGCUACACAUAAUACAAAACCAAACCAGGACAAUGGCAUGUCGGAGAUGUUUGCGCUGGCAGAUUCUUUAUCUAAGAAAAGGUCAGUAAGUCCUGCAGAACAGUAUAAAUGUGGAGAUUGCAACAUCACCUAUACAACACAAGAUGAUCUCAACAAUCACAGAAUUUCAAAGCUACAUUUCAAAGCAGCUGACCAAAUAAACGAGGGCAAAGGGACACAGACUUGUGCUACUUGUUCCCGCUCAUUCGAUGAUACCAGAGCGUUUAAUGAUCACCAUAAAAUGCAUAUUGAGGGGAAUUUCGUCUGCGCCAUUUGUGCACAACAAUUUAGCGAUAAAUUUACCUUAUAUCUACAUGACGCAAAAACACAUAAUCACCGUUUUCGCUGCAGAUUGUGUAACAAUGGCUAUAGUUUUGAACACAAUUUAUUAAAGCAUAUUGCUAAAAGUCACAAAGUCGGACCAGGCGAUGAAAGGAAACAUAUGGAACUCUAUUUUAAUUGCAAAGUAUGUGAGAUGGCGUUUGCAAAUGAACGUAGUUUAAAAGAUCAUCUUCUAAAGGAACAUUUUGGUGGAUAUUUUUGUGAAGUUUGUGGUGAGGAGUUUGCGAGUGCAGAAAAUAUGGAAAUGCAUCAUUUAGCGAAACAUAGAAAAAAUUUCGAAUGCAAUAUUUGUAAAAUAGUAUGUUUUUGUCAAAGUGAUAUAGAAAAGCAUUUGUCCUCAGUCCAUGAUUCUUCAGAGCAAAAUCUUUAUACAGUAUUUUUCAAAUGCGAUCGAUGUGACAAAAGGUUCAAAGCCGGAGAAGAAGAUGUGGCUUUCUUUCAUAUUCAGUAUGAACAUACGUUCGAAAGUGUUGUUGAAGAAAAAGCUCCUGAAUAAGAUAGCAUGUAAACCCCAUAGUGCUGUUAGAUGGUUAUGUGGAUAGUAGAUUUUACCAAUUACAAGUUAGUGCCGUCAGAACAGUAUGUGAACAGUACAUUUUAUCAAUAAUACCGUCAGAACGUUAUGCAGACAGUAGAUUUUAUCAGAUUUAUUACAUCAGAAACCCCACAGUGCCAUCGGACCAUUAUAUUGACAGUAUAUUUUAUCCGAUUUGUUGUGCUGGAAACCCCAUAGUGCCAUCAGACCAUUAUGUAAUUAGUAGUUUUUAUCAGAUUUAUUGCAGCAGAAAAGCAGGGGGAAAAAAUCUUGAUAAUGAUCUUAAAUUUUCAGGGGAGUAUAUAGUCACCGCCUUGUGCAUUCGUCCCAUCUUAACAUGCUACUGGCUGGACUUCAUAAACAGUUCACCGGAAGCUUCACUUCCAGGAGGGAAAGCACAUUCGGCAUUUCAGAACCAUAUGCCUUCUUUCAAAGUUAUGCCCCUUUCUUCUUUCUUUCCUGUCCGGAGCAUAACUCCUAAAAGUACUAAAGGGAUUUCAUUGGAAUUCUAGUUAAGGUAAACCAUAGGUAAUGGAAGUAUAGAGCGAAAAUUCGUCCUACGCGAAUAAAAAGGAUUUCACAGUAAUGGAAGUAUAGAGCUCAAGUAUUGACUAUAUUCAAAAGAAGUACAGAGCAAAAGAACUAUACUUUUUGUCAAUAUUUUGCAACAGAAUUAAAUCCCAGUUGGUAUAUUUCUGAAACAACAUACUCCACUCUUACGCACAUAUGGAGAAAAUCCAUUGCUUCCACCAACCUUGUUAUUAAAUGUCUCUUUACUAGUAUAUGAAUGUUUUGUCCAUGGUUUUAGCUGUAUUGCAUGGCUUAUUUUCUACCCAUAUUUCCAGAGCUGAAGUCAAAAUAUAAAAAAAAAAACAAAUCCGUUGAGUUCAUUUCUGGUGUCAUGUAAUAAAAAACACGUAUUGAUAGGCUUGCAUGUCAAAGUAUGUAUUAGGUUAUCAUUAAUUAUCUUUUCAAAAAUAUAAUGACAGAAGACAUUAUGGUAAGCUUCACUCACAGCUGUAUUGAAAAAAAAUUAAAACAGACUUUUAUAAAUGUAUAGCCAAAAUUCAUAUCUCCCCUUCAGCUGUACUGUACAAAAUAUAUAAAUUAUGGAGAGAGUAGAGUGAAGAUUGGGGCAUAUUUAUGACUUUAGUGAUAGCUCUAGUUUACUCAGAUAUGCCCAAUUUCGCAGUCCAGCAUCCAUAUAGUCGAGCACGCUGUCCUCUCUGACAGUUCUUGUUGGCAUUGAAGUCACCAUAAACUGCAGACAUUUUGCAAGACUUCAGACUGCAAGCAGUGACAAAUUCUAAUAAAUUGCAGACUUUUUCUUCAUACUAUAUUAUACAUAAUUAUAAGCUACCAACUGUGUUGAAUUUAUAUGUAAAAUACAUGUAAGCAAACUCUAUUUUUGUCAUAUAAAACUGCUCUAAAUUGUAUUUUAAAAUGUCUGCAGUUUUGGGAAAACGUUUAUAGUUUGAGGAAAAAAGAGUGCUGUUGGAGGAAAGUCUGCUGUUUAGAGAGAGUCUGCAGCUUAAUGAAAACAAGGGCAAUUUUGUAGUUUAGGGGAAAAGUCUACUGUUAAAAUGUUCACAGCUUUGUAGAAAAUCUGAAGUUUAUCAUAUUCAUAGAAAAAGUGUGUAGUUCAGAGAAAAAGCCUGCAAUUCAAGUAAAGAGUUUGUAACUUUAAAGAAUAAAUCUGCAGUUUAGGGGAACACGAUCAAACAUUUAGAAAUAUCAAAUGAAAUGAAGUGAAAAACUGCAUGAAACUUAAUAUUGAGUGCUGAUUUUAUAUUUCUUUUCAAAGCAUCUUACAUAUUUCAUUCCUUUUGAUUGUAAAAACAGGGUAAUAAAGAUGGUGUAAAAUUAUGUGGGACUGUUUCAUUUUAACAUGAUUAUACAUAUAUUUUGAUUGUUCAUAUUCUUAAUUGAUGAACUGCAAAUACGGUUUCGGGGAUAUCAGGGGUUCAGAUAUUAUCUUUUUUACAUAUUUAUCAUGGUUAAAAGAAAAUGUUUUAAGAUAUGUUUGUCAAUUAUAGUUUUAUUAAAGCUAAUAUUGAAGGCAAAGUUGUGUUAAUGUAAUUGAAUUGUAAUUUUUAUUUGUACUUUUGUAAUGCAUCAACUUGCCAAUGCAUGUUAAUUUGAAAUUUUCUUAUAUUACACUUAACUGUCUUACUAUUCAUUGAGAAAAAAAAAGCAAAGCAUUACAGCUAGGUCUAUAUUUUGAAAAAAAUCAGUCAACACCAAGUCAUACAAAGAAAGAGUUGUUUUGCAUGAAAAUUGAACAGCAUAUAUACAAAUCUAUUGUCAGAUUCCUGAGAUAUUCAUUCAUUUCUGGAAAAGGACUACAUAAAGUGGCCACACUUUUGGACAGUUUAGAGCCUUCAAAAACUCGCCAUUUUCAAAAAACUGUUGGUAUACACAUCUUUCUUUUGAUGCGUUUGAAAUAAUGUCCCAGUUCUGAAAGUUUGCAAAACUAGGUUUAGAUUGUUUACUUUUUACUUUCAUUUACAAAUGGCUUUCUUUUUUUAAGGGGGGACAACUUUUUCAGAAUAUUUUAAGUAUCCAGUCCUAUGGGACAGUACAGUUAAACAUAUAUUGGACAGGUAGAUUUAUGGUAAAGAUAUUGUUUGUUUACUGAAUAUUUCUGUGGUUUGGUUAUAAAUUGUAUAAGUGCUAAACCUCAAAAUUCUAAACACAGUAGAUUUUUAAUUACCAAUGCAUGCUUGACAGAGGUAUAAAUUAUAUUAUUUCAAUAUUGUUCGAUAAAGAUUUCAUUUAUAUGCCUGUUAUUUUGAAAGCAUGUUUCAAAGAAUGUGUUUGUUAUAGUUUUAUAAGAAACAAGUAUAUUAUACAUAAUGUUCCAUGUAAUAUAUGGAAAUGUCAAGUUAUAUAUAAAUGUUUAUAUUGGACUAUGGUUAUAUGUGAUAGUUUAUAUAGUAUAUGGAAAUGCCAGGUAAUAUGUAAUGGUCUAUAUUUGAAGUGUUGGGUUAUUAUAUUGGUCAGUGAUAUAUGAAAGGGCCAGGAACGGGUCACACUUGCUCAAAAGUAACAUAAUUAGAAUCCUUCACAUGUAUAUAGGGGCCUCUGUGGCCGAGUAGUUAAGGUCACUGACUUCAAAUCACUUGCCCCUCAUCAGUGUGGGUUUGAGCCUCACUUGGGGCAUUAAAUUCUUCAUGUGAGGAAGCCAUCCAGCUGGCUUACGGAAGGUCAGUGGUUCUACCCAGGUGCCCGCUCGUGAUGAAAUAAUGCAAGGAGGGGCACCUGGGGUCUUCCUCCACCAUUAAAGCUAGAAAGUCGCCAUAUGAACUAUCAUGUGUCGGUGCGACGUUAAAUCCAACAAAAAAAUUCACACGUAUUUAAGUAAACAGCCUCUAUUUAAGAAACAUGAACUUUUUUGAACCAUUUUAUGAAUUUGCAGUAAUUGUUCUUUUGGCAAAUGGCAGAGAAUGACCCCAGUCCAUUGUAAGUAUGGAAGUGCCAGGAGAUAGUCAAUCAUGGUUUAUAUUUAAACUGAAGACUUGUGUUAUAUGCAACAGUCUUUAUCAUGUAUGGAAGUGUCCGGUGAUAUGUAAUGGUUUAUCAUUGAAGUGUUGGGUUAUAUGUAAUUGACUAUUUUAUUAAUAGAAGUGUCAGGUGAAAUGUAAUGGUUUAUCAUUGAAGUGUUGGGAUAUAUGUAAUUGACUAUUUUAUUAAUAGAAGUGUCAGGUGAUAUGUAAUGGAUACUUAUUGAUGUGUUGGGAUGUAUGUAAUUGACUAUUUUAUUAAUAGAAGUGUCAGGUGAUAUGUAAUGGUUUAUCAUUGAAGUGUUGGGAUAUAUGUAAUUGACUAUUUUAUUAAUAGAAGUGUCAGGUGAUAUGUAAUGGUUUAUCUUUGAAGUGUCAGCUUAUAUGUAACGGUUUAUAUUUUGUAUCUAUUUUAAGUGUAAGGUUAUAUGUAGUGGUUUAUCUUUAAAGUGUCAGGUAAUAUGUAAUGAUCUGUAUUACAUAUGAAAGCACCAGGUGAUACGCAGAGGUUUAUCUUUAAAGAGUCUGGUUAAAUGUAAUGGUCUGAUUAUAAAAUGUUGGGUUAUACAUUACUGUUGUUUGAAAUGUUGGGUUAUACAUUACAUGUGCAGUCAUUUGAAAUGUUGGGUAAUAAUUAAUUAUUAUGUUGUUAUCUAUGUGAGGAAUGUUGGUUUAUAAUUUUUUUUAUCUUUUAGCAAAAACAUUUCGUGAAGCAUAAUACGGCACCUUAAAAAAUGAUCAGAAUUAUGCAAUGAAGAAUGAUUGUUUAAUAUGAUCAAAUGUUCUUCUGUUUUAAGGUAGUGAACCCAUAAUCGUAAUUGGCAAUUUCAAUUUGAUUACAUACCCUCAACAUGUGACGGCUGGUACGGCAAGACGGGACAGUAAUGACUUAAGAAUACAGAAGCAGUAUGCUGAGAUUGCGUAAUGGCAUUUAAAUUGCCAAAUGUCAUAAUGGGUCCGCUCCCUUAACAGUAUUGAAAGGGAAGCCCCCUCUCAUUUUGAUUUUACCUCAUUUUAUAUCAAGUACAAUUAAACCUGUCUGUAAAAACCCCUGUUGGAAAUUGAAAAAUGUAGUUUUUAUACGCUUGAAAAACGGGACGUAUUAUGGGAACGCCCCUGGCGGGCGGGCGGCAUCCACAGACUUUGUCCGGAGCAUAUCUUCUACAUGCAUGGAGGGAUUUUGAUGAAACUUGGCACAGUUGUUCACCAUCAUGAGACGGAGUGUCAUGCGCAAGAACCAGGUCCCUAGGUCUAAGGUCAAGGUCAAAUUCAAGAAUGACUUUGUCCGGAGCAUAUCUUCUACAUGCUUAGAGGGAUUUUGAUGAAACUUGGCACAGUUGUUCACCAUCAUGAGACGGAGUGUCAUGCACUAGAACCAGAUCCCUAGGUCUAAGGUAGGUCAAGGUCACACUUAGAGGUCAAAGGAUACAAGAAUGAAAACUUUGUCUGGAGCAUUUCUUCUUCAUGCAUAGAGGGAUUGUGAUAUAACUUUUCACAAAUGUUCACCACCAUGAGGCGAAGUGUCAUGCGCAAGAACCAGGUCCCUAGGUCUAAGGUCAAGGUCACACUUACAGGUCAAAGGAUACAAGAAUGAAAACUUUGUCCGGAGCAUUCUUUCUUCAUGCAUAGAGGGAUUUUGAUAUAACUUGUCACAAAUGUUCACCAACAUGAGGCGGAGUGUCAUGCGCAAGAACUAGGUCCCUAGGUCUAAGGUCAAGGUCACACUUAGAGGUCAAAGGAUACAGGAAUGAAAACCUUGUCCGGAGCAUUUCUUCUUCAUGCAUAGAGGGAUUUUGAUAUAACUUGGCACAAAUGUUCACCACCACGAGACGUAGUGUUGUGU